AUGGUGGUUGGGUUAAGAGUGGGCCAGGGUGCUGGCAUGGAACCCAAGCAGCAGGCAAACCGGAGCGCCAUCUGCUGCUCUGAUAAGCCAGCGUUCUCUACAACAACAAAGACCCACCCCUCCCACUCUCCUCAUUCUGCUGCUACAAGGGUUGAAAGACCACACACAAUCGCGCCCAAACCCAAAAGCAUCCCAGGCCAAAUUCGAGCUCUCAUAUGA